CAGGUGGAGAUGGAGACCCAGCACUCUUCGCCUCUGUCAUUUCCCAAUGUUCCGCAGGAGGAGGCUGUGCGUCAGGCCCCUGCUGGGCUCCCUCGAGAAACUCUCUUCCAGUCUCGUGUUCUACCCCCCAAAGAAAUCCCAUCUCUGCAUCCCACCGUCCCCCGGCAAGGCUCCUUGCCUCAGACUCCUGGUGUCCCCAAGCAGGAGACCACUGGCCGAAUGCCGCAUGUGCCCCCAAAGGGACCUUCCCUGCUACACCCAGCUCAGCAAGAGCCCCGCCUCCCGUGUCCCCUGGCCUCCCAUGAAGACACCCAGUACCCACCGCCCGCUGCUGACCCUCAGCUGUCACUUCUCUGCCGCUCCAGCCCCCCAGAAGACCCGUUACGUUCCCCUGAGGCGCCUGAGAAAGACCCCCUGAGUCUCUCCCCCACCAUUCCUGAGACAGACUUGGACCCCCUGCUGCAGAGCCCAGUCCUCCAAAAGGAAACGCCGCUCCCCACAGCGGAGAUCACCCGCUUAGCUGUGUGGGCUGCUGUCCAGGCAGUGGAGAGGAAACUGGAGGCCCAGGCCAUGCGGUUGCUGACCCUGGAGGGCAGGACUGGGACAAAUGAGAAGAAGAUUGCCGACUGCGAGAAGACGGCUGUGGAGUUUGCAAAUCACCUGGAGAGCAAGUGGGUGGUGCUGGGGACACUGCUGCAGGAGUAUGGGCUGCUGCAGCGGCGACUCGAGAACAUGGAGAACCUGCUGAAGAACAGAAAUUUCUGGAUCCUGCGGCUGCCCCCGGGCAGCAAUGGGGAGGUUCCCAAGGUCCCUGUCACAUUCGAUGACGUUGCCGUCCACUUCUCGGAGCAGGAGUGGGGAAACCUGUCCGAGUGGCAGAAGGAGCUGUACAAGAAUGUCAUGCGGGGCAACUACGAGUCGCUGGUCUCCAUGGACUAUGCAAUUUCCAAGCCAGACCUGAUGUCACAGAUGGAGCGAGGGGAGCGGCCGACGGCACAGGAGCAAGAGGAUUCGGAGGAAGGCGAGGCCCCUGCAGAUCCCAGUGCUGCACAUGACGGGAUCGUGAUUAAGAUCGAAGUACAGACCAACGACGAGGGUUCUGAAAGCCUGGAGACACCGGAGCCCCUGAUGGGCCAGGUGGAGGAGCACGGCUUCCAGGAUUCAGAGCUGGGUGACCCCUGUGCUGAGCAGGCAGACCUGGACAUGCAGGACCCUGAAAAUGCACUGGAGGAGUCAGCGGAGGGCCCUGGCGAGUUCAGCGAGCUCAAACAGAUGCUGGUACAGCAGAGAACCUGCACAGAGGGGAUUGUGAUCAAAACAGAGGAGCAGGACGAUGAGGAGGAGGAAGAGGAGGAGGAGGAGGAGGAGGAGGAAGAGCUCCCUCCGCACCUUCAGUCUUUGGGGCACCUGUCCGGGCGUUUUGAAGCCAGCAUGUACCAGGCCCCGCUGCCCGGAGAGCUGUCCCCUGAGGGCGCAGAGAGCCCCCCUCCCCUGCAGCUGGGGAAGCCCACCAUGAGCAUGCGGAGGCUGGCGCCCGCGGCCCACAGCGAGCGGCACCUGGAGGGGCGGCACCUGGACGGCCGCCCGGGCAGCCAGCACCAGCAGCAGCGCAACCGGCGCGGCGGGCGGCCCUUUACCUGCUUGGAGUGCGGUAAGAGCUUCCGGCUCAAGAUCAACCUGGUCAUCCACCAGCGCAACCACGUCAAGGAGGGCCCCUACGCCUGCGCCGAGUGUGAGGCCACCUUCCGCCACAAGCAGCAGCUGACCCUGCACCAGCGCGCGCACCGCGGGCCGCGCACGCCGCCCUCGCCAGAGCGCACGCCCGGCCUGCACCCCAAACACGCGCUCAAGGCGCGCCCCAAGUCGCCUGGCCCCGGCGGGGGCGGCUCCAAGCCCUACCAGUGCCCCGAGUGCGACAGCAGCUUCAGCCACAAGUCCAGCCUGACCAAGCACCAGAUCACGCACACCGGCGAGCGGCCCUACACCUGCCCGGAGUGCAAGAAGAGCUUCCGCCUGCACAUCAGCCUGGUCAUCCACCAGCGCGUGCACGCCGGCAAGCACGAGGUCUCCUUCAUCUGCAGCCUGUGCGGCAAGAGCUUCAGCCGCCCGUCGCACCUGCUGCGCCACCAGCGGACGCACACGGGCGAGCGGCCCUUCAAGUGCCCCGAGUGCGAGAAGAGCUUCAGCGAGAAGUCCAAGCUGACCAACCACUGCCGCGUGCACUCGCGCGAGCGCCCGCACGCCUGUCCCGAGUGCGGCAAGAGCUUCAUCCGCAAGCACCACCUGCUCGAGCACCGGCGCAUCCACACGGGCGAGCGGCCCUACCACUGCGCCGAGUGCGGCAAGCGCUUCACGCAGAAGCACCACCUGCUCGAGCACCAGCGCGCGCACACCGGCGAGCGGCCCUACCCGUGCGCGCACUGCGCCAAGUGCUUCCGCUACAAGCAGUCGCUCAAGUACCACCUGCGGACCCACGCGGGCGAGUGAGGCGCG